CAAAGCGCCAAUGACAGCUUUCACGCUUUCACCACCAGCACAACACAAAUUUCGAACAAAACCUUUGAGAUACAGAAACUACCGCAACCGCUGACGCUGACGCUAGCUAGUACAACUGGAAAGGAUGGAGAAGACGCAAAUGAAACGACUUUUGGAUGUGAUAAAGAUUCAGAGAUUCUGUCUGUUUUGCGGAAAGCCAGAACCCAAAGAAACCUCUUUUCCAAGUCAAUGUAGCCGCUGCAAGGAGGAAGGCUUCAUUCCACCAGUCUUCUGCUCCGACAAAUGCGCCAAUAAAGCUUGGAAACAACACAAAAAAUGGCACAACGAAGAUGCGGCAGAAACAAAGGAAAAACUUUCUCGUCACCUUGAAUUUGCACUCUACUUUCGAUACACCGAAAAGAGUGUCGCCGGCCUUUCGGAAUCCGCCAAUCUAGCGCUUAGUGGCGAUAUCAAUGGAGCCAAGAAGCUCCUUCGAAACUAUCUGAAACAGGAAGGAGAAGCAACUCCAACAGAAUACCUCCAGCUUGGAUUCUUGUUCGAUGCGUCCGGGCAAGUUUUGGAGGAGCAAUUAUGCAUGGAAAAGGCAUGCAAGCAAUUGGCAUAUACGGUGUUGGUGGCAGGACGUUGUGUUGCAGAUGACGAGUAUCGGAAUUACGUGAUUCACCGUCGAGCCAGAAUCGAUACCGAUAUCCAGGUCGGAGUUUUCGAAUCUGCGGCGAAAUGGUGCUUUUACGUGUGGGCUAAUUGUAUGAUUCGUCGCAUGGAAAUUAUUGGCCAAGCCAAGAAUUAUGCUCUGCCAAAACCAAACUGGUGGAAGCAUCCAGCGUCUGGCAUUCGCAUCACAAAGGUCGCAUGCAACCAGCUUCUACAAGUAGGUCCAGCUUGCCACAAACAAGUAUGGAAAGACAAGUUGGAAUUGUGCAAUGCCAUGGACAACCCAGAUUGCCCCUCUUUGGGGAAAACUGGUUUGUGGGUGGUGAUCCAUGGCCUUGUGGAGGAAUCACAGAUUGCGUUGAAUGGCAGAUUCGGUGUGGUUUGCACAGAUACAUUGAUAGAUGGACAUGUUGGCGUCGACGUGAAAGAUGAUGGUCCGUGGGUGCUACCAGAUAAUCUUUGGCAAGUCCCCUUCUCGGAGAAGGACUUAGCCCUCAUAUCAACAUUGGAUGCCGAUGACCAAUGGAAGUAUGUGAAGGGCUCUCGAGAGCUCUCCAUGGCAUAUGCAUUUGUCGUGGCUGGAAAGACCCGACAAUCUACUGGGGUGUAGAAAACUGCCUUAUAGGAGGUAGUGAUGAACUUCAAAGGUACCGAGAACGCUGGCUUGGCGUUGCAGAACGUGACGCAUUUCAUUUCAAAGGGGAACGACAUUACAACUACUAGUAUUAUAAUCAUGGACUAGAUAGAACCGAGAGUAUUCGUA